CAGAGGGAAGAAGGCAGAGCACAAACCUCCUGGAUAUCCACAAAUGUGGCACAAAAAGGAGAAAACAUUCAUUUAGGAAGAGACCAUAGAGUGAGGGAACAGAAAACAGAGAGUGAACAAGGAGGAGAGGAGGGAGAGAGUGAAGAAGAGAGGGAUGUAGCCAGACCUUGUGUCACGUUCUGCUCUGAGAGCCCCAUCACCUCCACCUGCUGUCAGGAUGUAACAGCAACAGUUUACUUUCUACUAUCCACAGAGACCAAGACAAGAACAUCAGCCACACAACAGUAACUUCAACUCGCAAGCCGCCUUCAGCAUUGCCACUGUCAGUAGACUUUAGAAUAAUCUAGAACAAACUCAGACUGUGUUUGUGUACUAACUCUGUACUGUAAGCAUGUGGAGGCCAACUCCCAUUGUGUUGCAGUCUCAGCUGCUCCUGUUUGUGUGUAUGUGUGUGUGUGUGGGUGGGUUGGGUGCGUUGGUGAUUCAAUCCCUCCCAUGGCAUGUCUCCUGCCCGGGCCGCUGUAUCUGUCAGAUCAAGCCUUGGUUCUCCCCUGAGUCUGUCUACUGUGAAGCUCCUACUGUCGACUGUAAUGACCUUCUGUUGACCAAGCUGCCCUCGGCCCUCCCUCACAAUACACACACCCUGCGCCUGCAAAGCAACCUCCUGUCUGCCUUAGACAGCACCGGGUUACAUACACUCCCCAACCUUACAGAGCUCGACCUCUCCCAGAACCACUUCAACAGUGUGAGAAGCCUGACACAGAGCCUGACCCUGGCCUCUCUGCUCUCCCUGCAUCUGGAGGAAAAUCAGCUGACCCAUCUCCCCCUGGGUUCCUUUUUUUCCUUGCCUGCCCUUCAGGAGCUUUUCCUCAGCCACAACCGCCUCCGGUCCCUGGCCCCUGGAGCAUUCACAGGCCUGGACUCCUUACUGCGUCUUCAUCUCAAUAACAACAGACUGACCUCCAUCGACCCACGCUGGUUCACGGCACUGCCCAGUCUGGAGGUGCUGAUGCUUGGGGGGAAUCCGGUGGAGGCCCUCCCUGAGCAGGGCUUCCGGGCCCUGGGCUCCCUCCGGAGCCUGGUUCUUGGGGACAUGGGCCUGAAGGGGCUGCCUGAAGGAGCCCUAGAAGGCCUGGAGAACCUGGAGAGCCUGUCUUUCUACGACAACCUGCUGACCAGUGUUCCCACUCAGGCUCUGAGGAGAGUGGCAGGGUUGAAGUUCCUGGACCUCAACAAGAACCGUAUUGGCCUGGUCCAGACAGGAGACUUCAAGAAUAUGGUCCAUUUGAAAGAGCUAGGGCUGAACAACAUGGAAGAGUUGGUUUCCAUUGAGAAAGCUGCCCUGGAGAACCUCCCAGAGCUCACCAAGCUGGAGAUCACCAACAACCCCCGUCUGUCCUAUAUCCACCCCCAGGCCUUUCUUCAGCUCGGCCGGCUGGAGAGUCUGAUGCUGAACUCCAACUCUCUGACUGCCCUUCACCAACACACACUUCUAUCCCUGCCCAGCCUGCAGGAGGUCAGCUUACACUCCAACCCACUGCGCUGUGACUGUCUGUUCCGCUGGGUGGCUGGAGGCCACUCACACACAGACUCAGACACACACACACACCUGGACGCACAGGCUGAUGCGCACACACCCCGAGCUGUGAGGUUCAUCCAGCCCCAGGCCAUGCUGUGCUCUGAGCCUCCGGAACUGAGAGCCCGCAGGGUGAGGGAGCUGUCUUUGACAGAGAUGUCUGCCUCCUGUCUUCCCCUGAUCCCCCCAGGUCCCCUCCCCCCAUACAUGGGCGUGAGAGAGGGGGGGAGUCUGGUCCUGCACUGCAGAGCUCUAGCUGAGCCACAGCCCACUAUCUACUGGGUGACUCCCACUGGGCUGAAACUGGGACCUAACAUGAGCCACGCAGCCAACCACACGUCAGAACCGAGCCCCAUGCCUUCCCUUCAAGCCAGUCCAGUCACAUCCCACCACCACAAGCACACCCACCCCUCCAGUCAUGCCCAGGGGCUUUCCACUGUCCCAGGCCUAGGUUCCUCCUCCCACUAUAACCUUCUCCCAGAAGGGACACUGCAGAUUGUCCAAGUGACACCAAAGGAGGCAGGUUUAUACACCUGUGUGGCUGAGAAUGCGCUGGGCGCAGACACUCGCAGCGUCACUGUGGGCGUGCAUGGAAGGGGAGAGGGGAGGGUGCCCUCCAGCCUGGUGCCCUCCAGGCUUGUACCCUCCAGCCUGGUGCCCUCCAGCCUGCAGGAGUUUCCAUUCCUCAAGCCAGCUGGGGGUUUACAGGUGAAGGAGGUAGGAGAACACUUUGCUGUUUUAACCUGGAUGACCGCCCACAACCUCCCCUUUGCCAAAUUAUCCUGGCACGCCACACACUCGGAUACACACUCGCAGACACAUUCCACUCUUAUCCUGGCUGGCACACAAAGCUUCAAUCUCACACAUCUGCAGCCGGGGACCCUCUACCGUGUGUGUCUGCACACGGAGGUCAGAGAGGGGCCAAGACAGGCCUGGAGCAGGCAGAGAGAGAGGAGCCCGCCCCAGUGUGUGUCCCUCAGGACUGUGGAGAACUCAGAGCCUUACGCUGACCUGACCCUAAGCCCAGAACUGACCUCCACGGUCCUGCUGCUGCUCACCCUCACCCUGCUGCUGCUGGGCCUCCAAGCCUGGCAUGGGGAGCCAUGGGAGGGCAUGGAGAAACCCCGCGGUGCCCUUCUACAGGAGGUCAAAGGUCAUGAGGCAAUCCCAGAGGUCACAGUUGAGGAUAAGAAAUACUCAGCCAAUCAGACACCAGGAAACUCUGACCAGUCUGGACAGGAAGAAGAAGGCUUGCAACAGCCUGUGUGAUGUUGAGACACACAUGCAGUAACACACACACACACAUACACAAGUACACAAACACAUGGAAAGUUAUGACUUUCAAAUAAAUUACUUGGUGGAUGGCACCAGAGAUGGUAUCCAGGAUGAUAUAGUAAGAGAUUUGUAUUUUUUUUAUAUAUGAAUAUAUAUUCUCAUUGUUUGUUUGUGUAAUAAGAUGUAUAAACAAGGAUUUUCCAAACCAUGCUACAAACCAGAGAGAUCAGCAUACCAUCUGUCUGUAUUUGACAUCCACAGGACCUAUCCCUGACGAAGGCCUGAGCUUACAUGGCAGAAUAAGCCUGGGUCACACUGAACAGUGACUGAGAGCUACCGAACUAUGAACCAAACCCAGAACUGAAUAUAUAGUCCUACUGGUAUCUAUGAAGGUUACAGUAGGUUUCAACUAUCACAACUGGCAUGGAUGUGGCUAAACUGUCAGUUACUGUGAUGUACAGGAUUUUUUUUUCUCUCUCAAUCUUCACAUGCAAACUGGUAGAGCAGUCUGUGCACAAAGGAUGAGACAGUGGAAACAGAGAUGGACCCUCGGGUCCACAUACUGAGUUCACAGAGCAGACUCUCUUCUUCCAUCCUAUUCUAACCACUCCAUCCUGCCUUGUAUCUACAAACACAGAGACACAUUCUCCGAAGUGCAUCGUUACAUACACUUCAUGCGCCUUCUGGGUCUUGCACAUCCAAGAAGUCGAUGUGAAAAUAACCUGUCUAGCUUUUAUCACACUUUCAUUUGGUCUUAAAUUCUGCAGUACAAUCUAGAUUUCUUUACCCAUAAGUGUUCCCUCUUUCAAAAAUGAUAUAAUAUAUAUAUGACU